GAGGUGGGCGAGGCGAUUCCACCCCCACCCCAAGCGGAGGCGGAAGUGACGGCAGACGCACAGCGCCGUGCAGGCGGCGUUUCCGGCGUGCGUCGGGGUCGGUGUGCAGAGUAGCUCCAAGAGAGGCGGAGAGCGGGACGCGGGACUCAGCCAAUCGUGUCUUCAUUUUAUAGUGAUCACGUGUCAGAAAUAUGGCUACAGACUGGCUUGGAAGCAUUGUGUCCAUUAACUGUGGAAACAGCCUGGGAGUCUAUCAGGGACGAGUGUCGGCUGUGGAUCAGAUCAGUCAGACCAUCUCCCUUACGCGGCCUUUCCAUAAUGGGGUCAAGUGCCUUGUGCCAGAGGUCACCUUCAGGGCAGGUGAUAUUACUGAGCUAAAGAUUCUGCAGAUCCCAGGUCCUGGGGACAGCAAACAAAGUGGGGACCUGCAGCAUACUGAGGUUGGCAUCCCUGGCGUUGGGUGCCAAGUGGGUACCAAUCAAAACGGCACUGGCAAAUUGCUAAAGAAGCCUACCAGCAGUGCCCCACAGGCUAUCCCAAGGAGAACGGACAUGAAAAACCAGGAAGUUGUCAUCUCCCCACAACAGCAGCAGUGCUCUAAGAGCUACAUGGACCGACAUUUGGAAUCCUUGAAUCAGUCCAAAGGUUUCCGUCGUAGACACAACUCCUGGUCAUCCAGUAGCCGCCACCCAAACCAGGUGACUCCAAAGAAGAGUGGCCUGAAGAAUGGGCAGAUGAAGAGUAAAGACGAUGAGUGUUUUGGAGAUGAUAUUGAGGAAAUCCCAGACACAGAUUUUGAUUUUGAAGGGAACCUGGCGCUUUUUGACAAGGCAGCAGUGUUUGAAGAGAUUGACACUUACGAGAGGAGGAGUGGCACUCGCUCCAGGGGUACCCCCAACGAGAGGCCAGCACGCUACCGGCAUGACGAGAACAUCCUGGAAUCAGAGCCCGUCGUCUACAGACGGAUCGUCGUACCCCAAAAUACUAACAAGGAAUUCUGCACUGACUCUGGGCUAGUCGUCCCAAGCGUCUCUUAUGAACUGCACAAAAAGGUGCUUUCAGUAGCUGAGAAACAUGGACUGACUCUGGAGCGCAGACUGGAGAUGACUGGGGUGUGCGCCAGCCAGAUGGCAUUGAGUCUGCUUGGAGGACCCAACAGGUUGAAUCCUAAAAAUGUUCACCAGCGACCCACAGUGGCUCUGCUGUGUGGCCCCCAUGUGAAAGGGGCCCAGGGAAUCAGCUGUGGACGGCAUCUUUCCAACCAUGACGUUCAUGUCAUUCUCUUCCUACCCAACUUUGUCAAGAUGCUGGAAUCCAUCACUAAUGAGCUGAACCUCUUCAGCAAGACCCAAGGCCAGCAGGUGUCCAGUGUCAAAGAUCUCCCAGAUACCCCUGUUGACCUGGUGAUAAACUGUCUGGAUUGUCAUGAAAAUGCUUUCCUGAGAGAUCAGCCUUGGUACAAAGCAGCUGUGGACUGGGCCAACCAGAACCGAGCCCCUGUCCUCAGUAUAGACCCUCCUAUGAGUGAAAUGGAGCAGGGCAUUGAUGCCAAGUGGUCACUGGCCUUGGGCCUGCCCCUGCCGCUGGGUGAGAGGGCAGGGCGAGUAUAUCUGUGCGACAUCGGCAUUCCGCAGAAAGUCUUUCAGGAGGUGGGAAUAAACUACCACUCACCCUUUGGCUGCAAAUUCGUCAUCCCAUUGCAUUCAACAUAGAGCAGACCCUGCAGUGUAUCAGCCCUGGAGGGGGAGAUGGGGCAGAGUCCUGCCUAGCAAGCUGUAUAAAGGAUCCUGACAAGUAAACUCGUGACGCCUUAAGGAUGUAAAGUUCUGGAGUUUUUCUUCCAGAAGAAAUGUGUAUUAAAAACAUAAAAAUUAAGGGAGCAAAUGUUACUGCAAGAUGCUUUCUCUCUCUCUCGUGCCAUUGGAUGAAGGAAUGUGGAAGAAGCUGGUAUCUAACAUUGGGAAAGGCAGCGCCUGGUCACCAGCCAGAGGAUGGUUAAAGUGGGUGAGAGGGUUUGUUUACAGAUGCAAGUGACUGUCAGACAGCCUGGAGAUUUACAAGAUGGUUUUUUAGUACUUCUGGGGGGGAAAUUUAACCCAGUGGGGGGCCCCUUUCAGGAGCAAUUGCCCCUCAGUGAUGAUGUAGAAAUGUCUUUGUUACAGUUUUACUGUUUUGAUUUUGUUCUUUGUUUUCUUUUAUGUUCAUAAGAGCAAUUAUAGUUAAGUCUCUUUCUGGAGCUGCCAGGCCCCUGUGGAUGGGGCUCCCUGUUUAGAAAGCGGGUGUAAAGCUUUUGUUCCUUGACCGCUUGCUGAGUGAAUGCAGCCCAGGCCUGGAAACUGUAGGGGAGUGAGGUGUUUACCCUGGUGUCCUUCCACCAGACAGUGCUUUGGGAAAGGCAUUUUCCUGAGGUGGGUUUUUAUUUCUCCAGCGAGCUGAGUAACCUCAAUGAUUCGGAGAAGAUGCGAGGGGAACAGGCAGACGUUACCCUCUUUUCUUUAAUACCUUGUGUUCAGCACAGGUAGUGUUUGGAUAUAUUAUCGUAGAGCCUCAGUGCCCACUUUGCGAGUAGUGCUACCAGUGGGCCCCCGCAGCACACCCUGCACCUGAAUACGUCUUGUGAAGCAUGGCAGUGCUCCUUUCCCUUUGGGAGCAAUAGCCACAUCAGGGGGAGGGAUCCUCCCUCCUAAAAAGUAUAUGUGCUUUGUUCUAAUGCACUGUUCCACAUGGAUCUCAGUGGAAAUCAUAGGGCACUUGCCUCUCCUGGUUAUGCAAACUGUAAAGAUGUCAAAUGCUGUUUGUCUUAAUAUGCAGACAGCAGUGCGUGCACAAUGUAUUAGGGGGGUGUUAUGGAAGGCCUUUAGUGGAGGAAUCUUCCUCCAGGCCUGCUUGUCAGCUCAGUGUAGUGCUACUAGCUGUAUGGCCUCCUGAGCACGGGUGAUCUUGGUAGUGCUACAGCAAAUGCUGUUGUGCUUGGCAAGCUGAUUUGUUAGGCUGCCUUCAGAAGCAUCUGCAGUAUUGCUCCUGCAUGCACUAGUGCACUGAAAUCUGGUCCCUUAUGCCUCAGGCAUCACCACUGGUAGUGACCACUGUUGUAUCAUGUGGCUUUCAGAAAACUUUGAACUUUCCAGCUACAUCACACUUGAGGGAAGGUCAGAAAAUUCUGACCUGAAUUACUGUAGGUCGUCUCACCCUUUUUACUUUGCUAGCUGGUUUUGGGCUGCAGACUUUUUUCCCCUAUGUGCUGCAAGGAAACCAUUCAUAUUCAUUGCACUGCCUAGAGUACGUGGUUUACUGAACCUUUGGCUGGCUCUGUAAAUCUAUCAUGCUGGACCCUUUUAUUGUCUCUCAACGUGCCAAACUAUCACUGGCUAGUGAUGAGAAAUAUUAAACUUGGACCAAAACAGUGCUCUGCCUGAGAGUUUCUGGGCUUUCCAAAUUUCUGUUCUAGCAAAACCGACCUGAGUUCCUCUGCUGCAGUUUGAACUUUGCUGGGAGCAUAGGCUCUGCUGGCACGGACUGACUUCAAAGCUUCUGUUGGUGCCUUUCCCAGGGGAGCUAGAUCUCCUCUUGCUAAAGUGUAGAGCAGCUGUUCUGUGUGAAACACUUGGAGCUACUGUCUGGGUAUUCAGCAACUGAACUCAUGAAGAAACUGCAACCAGCUGGGUUAUGUGGGGAUACAAGUCAGGCACUUGUAUGCUUAAAAAAAAAUCAUCCUGUUACUACUCAUCAUAGAAGAGCUGUUAGGAACAAAGGCUGAGUGCACCAAGCAAAGUAAAAAAGAAAAGAGGGUGGCUGGGAAGAGACUGUCUACCUGAGCAGUGCUCCAAGUCACUGAAGAAUGGGAAAAUAUACCACACCCUAAUCUGUACAGCACUAUUUAAUGUACCCUGGGGGAGAUGGCAAGUAGGUAUUUCAUACCACAGGGUGUGGGAAUGGUGGGCAGGGGCAUUGGAGAAUAGCCCUGCUCUUAUUCCAUGGUACAUUGAUAUCCAGGCAGUGCAGUCAGGACUUCCCAUGCCAAACAGCACAGAACUCAUCUACCUCAGGAGGAUAAAGGGCCCGCGGUUCAGCACACUUCUCAUGUGGAGGGUUAGACUACUCAGCUGUGUCCACUGGUUUACGCUUAAUGGCCUUACUGCUAACACAGAUUAUCAAUGACUAAACUCUUCACUAACAUAAUUAGGUGUAUGUGGCUGUAGCUCUGGCUGUGUGUGUGUUUCUCUGCAAGGCUUAGAGCACCUAUGCCUCAGGUCUAGUUUCAGCUUAAUGCAAUAGCAUUUAAUGCUAAGGGAUGGCACUUGACUAGCAAGCAGCGCUGGUUAGUGACAACAUGGUGCAUGAGGGGUUAUCCUGGCAGUCAGUGUUAGUGUAACUUACUGAGGAUGUAGCAACUGCCUACACAAGGUGAAAAAUUGAUUAAUCUCUGUACAGUAACUCUAAUUGCCUUGUUUUCACCUUCCUUUAUAAAAGCAGAGCUGCCUAUCACCUGUAAGAAAACAGCCUGCUACUUGGCUCCUCUCCUAUAUUAUUUUACAGGCAUCUUUAACUUGCCCACGUUGAAGGUUGUUUGGAAGGGUUAAGAAGCACUUUGAAUUUUUUCUUUAAAGUGUGCAGCAGUGGCUGAGGUCCUACCAGCCAUAUUAGAAGAGGUAGUAAAUUGCUCAAAGGGUUAUUUUUUAAAUAAAGAAUUAAAGUAGGCAGUGUUAUUGCUGCUACAGACACUUGAUGCCUCUGGACAAGCGAUAGGAUUUUAAGAGUGUGGGCACUGACAGAUUCUAGAUUGACUCAUCUCAAGCACAACUAAGGAGCUUUGGGACAAGUUCUGUGUGUUACUCUACUAAACUUAAUGCAUUCUCCCUUCUAAGGGUAAGGGUGCUUGCUUUUCUUCUGACAAGCAGAGUUGUAUUCUUGCCAGAGGAAUGAAAUCAUUGGCCUUGUCCUAGACCAGAUGCAUCUUGUAGCACAUCCAUGUGAUCAAGGCUUUGGGAUUCUUGGCCCUUUGUCACACAGCUACUGCAGACACAUGCUUUAUGCUGGAUGCAAUAGACAACAGCAGGAAGGGAUACAGCCUCCCCCUGACCCAUUUGUCAGAGCUCUUCAUUAAGAAGUAGGCUUCGAGGGAUGUUCACAUCUUAAAUACUAAAAGUUAACAUUUUAACCAGUGUGCAAGGACUUGGUGUAGUGAAUACUCAGGAGCUGACUUUCCGGGGCUCAGGAAAAGCAGCUGCCUAUAAAUAAGCACUGGAAUGGACUUUGCUUUUCUAGAAAGCAGAAAUGCAGCUUUCACUGCUCAGUAGUAACCAGCAGUAGAUUUAAGUUCUGCAUCAUUCCCUCACAGCUUGUCAUAAGAAAACAUGCACCCUCUUUUCAGCAGCAGUGAAUAAAACCCUGGCUUCAGGCACCCGGUGUAAAGACAACUGCACCACAACUCUGUAAUGAUGAUAUGACUGAAGCAUUGACUUGAUGACACAAACACUGUUGUUCCAUAAUUCAUGCAGCAGCUGGGGUAAUACCAGCCUUGAAAUAAAGUGCAACUAU